AAUGUUUUUUUUUAAAGGUUAGAAAGAGGAAAAAGUCACAUGCUCUGCCAUACUGGGAUUAUUGUCACAAGUGACAUCUUGCUUACUACCAGAGGCGGACUGACAACUCAUGGGGCCCCCGGGCAAUAGGGGAUCAUGGGGCCCCUGUGUUCUCACCCACACUCAAACCACACCCAAAAAAGCCUAUGAAAGGUACCAGGGGCAUCUCAUGGGGCCCCCUACUGACCCCGGGCCCUCGGGCAGUGCCCGAGUUUCCAAA